AUGGCGCGCUCCAUGGGCGCCGUUCGUCUUAAGAAGGCGAACCCAUCUACUCUCGCCAUCGGCACGCUCAUUUGUGUCAUUAUCCUGUGGUUCCUUGUGGGCUCAUCGGGCCCCGAUUUCUCUGCGUCUCGGAAGGCUGCCGCCGCCUCUCAUCCCCUCUCGCCGCCGACAUUCCCGUUCCGCAAGUCCAGGUCGGGCAGCUUUAAGAAACCACCACCGAUUGCUCACUACAACCUCAACAAUGUCACGACGACGCCUCAUCCAGCGGAGAACCGUGAGAACGUUCUCAUCCUGACGCCCAUGACCCGCUUCUACCAGGAGUACUGGGACAACCUGUUGCGCCUGAGCUACCCCCACGAGCUGAUCACCCUGGGCUUCAUUCUGCCGAAAACUAAGGAGGGUAACCAGGCGACGGCUGCCCUGCAGAAGCAGGUCACCAAGACCCAGAAAUACGGGCCGGAAAAGGACCGCUUCAAGAGCAUCAUCAUCUUGCGCCAGGACUUCGACCCGCCUCUUGCCUCGCAGGCCGAGGCCGAGCGCCACAAGCUGGAGAACCAGAAGAUACGUCGGGCUGCCAUGGCAAAGGCCCGGAACUCCCUCCUGUUCACCACCCUCGGGCCCUUGACGUCCUGGGUCCUCUGGCUGGACGCCGAUGUGAUCGAGACCCCUCCAACCCUGAUCCAGGACUUGGCGCGUACCAACGAAUCCAUCAUUGUGCCCAACUGCUUCCAGCGCUUCUGGAAUCCGGAGAAGAAUGCCAUGGACGAACGCCCUUACGACUUCAACAACUGGCAGGACAGCGACACGGCCCUGGAGAUGGCCAAGAAGAUGGGUCCCGACGACAUCCUACUCGAGGGCUACAAGGAGCUGCCCACUUACCGUACCCUGAUGGCCUACCUGUACGAUCCGGCCAAGUAUCGCUUCGAGACGAUCCCUCUUGAUGGCGUGGGUGGUACCACGCUCCUGGUCAAGGCCGCUGUCCAUCGCGACGGGGCUAUGUUCCCUGCUUUCCCGUUCUACCAUCUCAUUGAGACGGAGGGCUUCGCAAAGAUGGCGAAACGCCUGGGUUGGCAGCCAGUUGGCAUGCCUCACUACAAGGUUGGUUAUGCAACGGUCGCUCGGGCUUGA